CCCAAGAUUUGCGUGCAGUAAGGCUGGCUGGGUCAGCUUAUUCCACCAGGCGGAGCGCUGUUUUAUGUAGACUUACACCAGCUAGCACGCGGGUCAUGUCCAAGACGCGGACACCGUCAAGCGGUAGACCGGUGCCCACAGCGCUCGAGUACCGGCGGAGGCCAUAAGUCGCGCGGGCCCAGCCAUUGACAGGCUGCGCGCGGAGGGAUCUGGCAAUGUUGUACAAGCUCAUGUCUGUGAGAAUUGGCCAGGGCGGUGCAGCCUCGUUGAAGAUGGAAACGGGCGUCUUAAGACCGGCGAUCGGAGCUGUGGUCGCUGUGCAUUAUCGGCGGCUAAGAGCGGGCGGACAGUUUCGGGGCAGCUCGGUAUGCCCCAGACCCCAAAACUACGCGGGGCCGGCCAAUCACUGUCGUGCCGCUGCUCCGCGCCUGGAGCGUCUGUUGUCGGUUCCGAGAGUUGAUGGCCGUGUCCUGGGCUUUCGGAGCCGAGCGCCGCCAUUUGCAGUGGCAUUUUGGGCAGAUUUGGUCAAGUAUCCGCGGCGAGGCGGCGUAGCGGCUGGAAGACCGUCGUGUGCGGGCAAAUGGGCUCGGCGUGCGGGCGCGGGCGCCGAGAGCACGAUUUCGAGCCCCGUCUCUGUGGCUAGGCUGGUGCGCUUACAGAAGGGUUGGCCUCUGGAGUGGCUGAAGGCGAUGAGAGUGAUGCGCACAGCCACGCUGGGUUCUUCUCUGAUCUUGUCUGGCUGGGAAUGGGAAAUUGGGAAUCAAUCCUGGAGCAUAAGUUACGCAUCAGUAGAGCCUAGAUCCAGGUAGCCAAC